GUGCCGCGCGAAUGUAUACUUGCGUAGAUGCGUGAGCGCAUGGCGUACGCCGGCAGGCAGAGAGGCGCUGCCCGCGGCGGCGCGCGGACGAUGGCGCGCUGGCUGUGGGCAACUACGCUCUUCGCUGCUUUCGCAGUGGACGCGUGGAGGCCACCCCAACAGCCUCUUCUAGUCCCGAUCUCACACUCCCGCGUGCCCCGACACGCGCGAAAUACAAUACACCACCUUCACAUCCUCGGGUGGCAUUUGGAGCUGCAAGAAAACCGCGCUAUACGCUCACCCUACUACAACCAGUGCCAGUUCUACAAAGGACGUGUGCUUUACGAAGAAGAGUCUACAGUGACGGUGACGGAAUGCGAGGGACAGCUUUACGGGUUACUCCAAGUUGGCGGAGAGGAUUUCGUUCUGCAGCCGACGAAGCCGGAUGGUGGUCAUGUGUUGCGAAGGCGGGAUGUGCUGCAGGCGGAGCAACCGAUAGCGUACAACCUAACCGGUGACAUGGUCAAUGACUUUGACAUUGACUUCGAUGAAGACGAGGUGAUGCCAGCGAUACAUGUUCGCCCGCGACACACCGACCAUUCAGAUAUCGAGUACCACAGAAAUGGACUCCGGACUUACACAAGACCAGUUUCAGGCGCGAAAGGAUUGUGGCUCGAAUUAGCUAUAGUUGCUGAUCAUACGAUGCUGAAGUUCCACGGUCGAGAGCGAGUGAAACAUUACAUCUUAGCUAUAAUGAACAUCGUCAGUGCUAUCUUCAACGACCAGUCCCUGGGUUCGAACAUGACGCUCGUUAUCAACAAGCUAUUCAUGUACGAAGAGAAAGAUCCUGUUAUAAAGUAUGGGAAUGUAAAGAAAUCUUUGGAAGCAGUGAACAAAUGGAAUUACCGACACCUGAUGAAAUUACCAACAGAUAGCACCGGGUGGGACGCAACCGUGUGGUUGACGCGGGCACCGCUCGGCGGGCCCUCUGGAUUCGCCCCGGUCGGGGGAGUCUGUACCAGAACAAGAUCCGCUGCCAUUGAUAGAGACGAAGGCCUGACCAGCGCAUUUGUCAUCGCUCACGAAUUGGCACAUCUGUUGGGUCUCACUCACGAUGGCGACGGACAGUGUGAAACGGACGGGCUCAGAGGAUCAGUGAUGGCGCCAACUGUACUGGCAACGCUUCACAACUAUGCCUGGUCUUCGUGCUCCAAGGAGCAGUUUCAUGAAAAGUCGAAGAAAUGGUGGUGCCUGCAUGAAAGGAGUCGGGACGAGGGGGUAGAACUUGGUGGUGCUAAGGAGCUCUCAAACUAUGUGUUUACUAUGGAUGAGCAGUGCCGCACUGAAUUUGGCGAAGGAUUCUCAGUUUGCAAGUCGGUGAAAGUGAAGUCUUCUUGCGCUCGACUGUGGUGUGCACACCGCUCAAUGCCCCACGUAUGCCGGUCUAAACGAGCACCGCCUCUUGAAGGAACACCUUGUGGAGUCAGUCAAUGGUGCGUUGACCGAGUCUGUGAGCCGAUGCCCGGACACGCUGUGGACAAUAAAGGGAACAAGGAAGCGCCGUCUAAGCCAGAAUGGGGGGAGUGGAGUGAUUGGAGCAAAUGUAAUGCUGACUGCGGUUACGGUCUACGUUCACGUAUGCGGCGUUGCCGACAUAAAGGAUCUACGUCAGAAACCGCAUGCGAAGGCGCCGGGUCGCAGGUAGCCACUUGUUGGUCCGGAAAUGCUUGCGGUACGAUAAGGGACAUGCGUGCUGAUGUAUGCUUCCGGAAAGCCAGCCAUCUCAUCCCAUACUUACAUCCCGAAGAAUCCAAGCACUGUGAAAUAUGGUGCGUUGACUAUGCCGGCGGUGAAGGUUCGAGCUUUGGCUCUCUGCCGGAUGGAACCUCCUGCAGCUAUGAGCGCCCAUUCGAUCUUUGCUACCAGGGCACAUGUGUACAAGGCCAGUGCAACGGCUCCGACCCCGCCUGCAACUGGUGCCCAGAUGGAUACUGCAACAAUAACACACAUCUAUAUACCAGACAACUUGGCAAAGGUUGGACACGGCUAACUGUCAUUCCUCACGAAGCAAACCAGCUGUCUGUACACAUCGGGACGCCCAUAGCUCUCAACAUCGCUAUACGAGAACGCCGCCGUGACCGUCCUAUCCUCGAGCUGAUCAAACACUCCAAACGCGUCGAACUAGAACACAAACAAGAUAACUAUUUGAAAUACGACCCAAACGUGCCGCAAAACCUUCAGAUUAUCGAAGUUGAUAGCAAUGUAAUUGAUAUCAAAGAAGGGGACCACUUCGCGUGGGAGGGUGAGGUUAUAGCUGCGGGCAGUCUACUUCGAUGGAAGCAAACAGAGAACGAUGUGUUCUUAACGUCCACGUCUCGACUUCACAGCGAUUUGAUGAUUAUGGCUGUCCCCGAACAUCCGAUACCGGUCGACGAAACGGCCGCUGUUGAAGUAUCAGUUAAUUACACUACACCAGCUGGGCGCACUAGGCCAAUGGAAUACAGGUGGUCAAGUGAGCGUGGUCCAUGUUCGGCGUCUUGCGGUGGUGGGCUUAGAGUGGUGCGACCGCGCUGCCCACGAGACCAGCAUUGCGGCCCGUCGCGAUACGAGCGCUGCAAUACGCACAGUUGCAACUUCACCUGGGCGACGGGUGAGUGGGAGGGAUGCAGUGCCACCUGCGGGGAUGGGGGGAUUCAGGAGAGACAGCUAUUCUGUGUUCCAGCUAACGUGAGCUUAAUAACAAGAAGAGAUAUGAUAAGGCAAAGUGUAUCGCCGUCACUCUGCCCUCCCUCUAAACCAACUAAGAAGCAGCCCUGCAGCCGAAUACCCUGUCCGGUUUACUGGCAAGAGAUGCCUUGGACUCAGUGCUCUACAACCUGCGGUCGAGGAAUGUCACACCGGCCACUAGUCUGCCCAGCGCCAAACGAUGCCCUCUGCGGCACAAAGCCUCGUGAACGCCGCAGACGCUGCCGUUUACGCCGCUGCCCUCCAGCAGCAUGUCCAGCGCAGGACGCCACGCAAUACUGCGAGUUCUUCACAAGAGAACAGCUCGAGAGGAACUGCGUUGUACCACCUUUUAAAAAGUAUUGUUGCAACGCCUGCAAAUCAGUUGGACGUAUUGAUGGAGUAUCCUAAAUACAAUUUUACCUAACUGUAUUUGGGUUAAAAUCAGUUCGUAUUAAUAUGCCCAUGGAGUUGGGAUUUCGUAUGUUUGGCACGAGACGUCCGCAUUCAGUUCUGUUCAAAGCAUUUUUCGUAGAGAUUUAGUAUUUUUACGCCUUGUUUACAUUGCGUACUGCUGUAAGCGACGGAAAAUUAGUCGUUUAAUGAAAGUUAAAAAAAAGUAUUAUUAUAGUAAAUUCAGCGAAUUCAGAAUCUCUGGAAAAAUCUAGGAGACCUAGUAGACAAUGUAUUAGAAAUAUAAUAAAAAAAUGCAUCAAUGAAAAUAAGAAUCUACCAUGAAACUAUCACAACUUUGCCUGUGACAGGCAACAUUGCACAAUACCGAAACUUGACUGAAAGCCAAAUUUAAUGUAGCUUAAUUUGUCAACAUUACAGAAAUCUUUCAUGUAUUUACAAUAUCGAUACCUGAUAAUAUGUAAAUAUCUUCAGUUGACUUCUAAGAAUCUUAGAUUACCUAUAAGGCCAAAUGUGAAUGGUGCUAAAAUGUAGAUCGAAAAACAAAAAGCGGGCAAAGAUGUAAGAUUUCACGGUACUCAUUACGUGAUAAAUCCACAAAGAUGUGUUGUAGGUGUGUUUAAAUGAAUAAUACGUGUUUUGUAUGCAGUAUUUAUAGUUGUCUAAUAACAAUAUUUAUGUAAGUAGGUAAACUUAUGAUUUAAGGUAUUUUCCAAUGGCUGGAACUAAGUGCCAUAAUGUAUACACUUCAAUUUUUAAAAUAAAUGUUCUAUUUCUAUGAA